AAAAAGAUCUGGGAUCGGACUGCAAACAAACUCUCAAGUCUCACACAACAAGUGUGGUUUGCUGAAACUCCAUAGCUAAACCCCCUCAUUUUCGAGAUCAAACGCCAUGAUCAAGAUAUCUCUCUGUUUAUUCUUGGUUUCUGUUCCGUUUUUCGCGAUCAUAUGCUCCGUAUUCUCUGAAGACAGACCCACGGAUCGUCGCGUUCUGGUCCUACUCGACGACUUCGCGAUUAAGUCGCCUCAUUCCAUCUUCUUCAAGUCGUUGGAGACCAGAGGAUUUGAUCUUCAUUUCAAGCUAGCGGAUGAUUCCAAGCUCGCCCUGCAGAGAUAUGGACAGUAUUCGUAUGACGCCGUUGUUCUCUUCGCCCCAACAAUUGACCGGUUUGGCGGGUCCGUUGAUGUUGCGUCAUUGCUAGAAUUUGUUGAUUCCGGUCAUUAUUUAAUUCUGGCUGCGGAUACAUCGGCUUCAGACUUGAUUAGAGAGAUAGUUGUGGAAUGCGGGGUUGAUUUCGAUGAGGACCCAACAGCUAUGGUAAUUGACCACACAAAUCAUGCAGUUUCAGAGACAUAAGGGCAUCAUACAUUGAUUGCCAGUGAUAACUUUAUUAAUUCCGAGGUUAUCUUGGGGAGCAGGAAAAUAGAGGUACAUCUUCUUCCAGAUAUCAUAAAAAUAUAUUCCAAAAAUUAUUGACCAUGAUAAGGCUCGUUUCAGGCAUUGGUUUUGGGUUAAAAUUCUGUGCAUUUGGGGCGCUAAUCUGUGUUUCUGAGUUCAAGUGCGUAGUAAAUCUGCCGGACCUAGGAGUUGCUGUUACCUGACCUGGCAGAUGCAAAAGAGAUGGAAUUGAAGUAAAAAUCAGAAGUCGUCCUUUGGACCUAGGAGAAUUAAAAGUUGGCGACAGGAGCAGAAUGGAGCAAGAGCAGAUUAUUUUAAAGAGUCUUAUUCAAGAGCAAAAGCAUCUAACUACCAGAGGGAUACCCUAGGGAUCAGAGUCUCACAUAUAUAAAGAGCUCAACCUUGAAGAACAAGACAACCACUUCUACACACACUUUUAGUUCAAGCUCUUGUUCCAUUCCUUAGUUCCACACUUCAAAUUUCUCAUUUCACUUGCUGCGCAUUUGGAGAUGGAGUGAUCCUGGCUACCGUGGUUCUCAUCGUUGUUUUGCUGCUGUGUAACACCGCCUUGUGAAGACGAAGAAACAAUAUUUACUUUGAUUUGUUUAGUUUGCUUUCGGAUUCGAGUACUUGUUGGUUUUUAAGUUUCGUAACUCUAGUUUCUGACUUUGAUCUGCUGGAUUCGAACCUAUUUCUCGUUAUUAUGGAAGUUUAUGUUGGUUUCUGUUGGA